UACAAGUUAAACGGGCCUAAAAACUAACCCAAUAACAAUGAGAAAAACCCUUAUCAUCGGGUGCAGGGUAGCAAGGUUGCCGACGCCGCCGUAAACCAGACGCAGGAGUAUCCCAACCUCUAAACCUUACUGUUGCCGAACUCUCGCUAUGUCGUCAGUGCCCGUUGUUGAGGCCGCCGAGCCUGAGACCGAGGAGGUUGUUUCCGCUGAGAAGCCUCAGAAGAAGCCCCAGAACGAAGAGGAAGCUAUUGUUGAGGACGUGAAGGAGGAUGAGAAAGAAGACGCCGACGACGACGACGACGACGACGAUGACGAGGAGGAUGACAAGGACGAUGGCGCCCAAGGUGCAAAUGGGAACUCGAAGCAGAGCAGAAGUGAGAAGAAAAGUAGGAAGGCAAUGUUGAAGUUGGGCAUGAAACCUGUUACUGGCGUUAGCAGGGUCACCAUCAAGAGAACCAAAAAUAUACUAUUUUUCAUCUCAAAACCUGAUGUCUUCAAGAGCCCGAAUUCUGAGACUUAUAUCAUAUUUGGUGAGGCCAAGAUGGAGGAUUUGAGCUCUCAGCUGCAGACACAGGCAGCACAGCAGUUCAGAAUGCCAGAUAUGGGAUCAGUGAUGGCAAAUUCAGACACCUCUGCUGCAGCUGCUGGAGCACAGGCAGAUGAGGAAGAAGAAGAAGUUGAUGAGACUGGAGUGGAGCCUAAGGACAUUGAUUUGGUUAUGACACAGGCUGGUGUGUCGAGGAGCAAAGCUGUCAAGGCUCUCAAAGCUCGCAACGGAGACAUUGUUAAUGCUAUUAUGGAGCUCACUACUUAAGUGUGAUAUGCAGUCUUUUGCGUUUUGAGUCUUUCUUUCUGUGGAUGAGUUUUUCAAACCAAUAUUAACAUUUUAGUUUUGUAGUUGAACUGGUUUACCAUUCAUUUGGGUGGCAAAAUUCAGGUUUCAUAAUCAUAUUUUGGACAAUUCUGUAACGGCUCUUGAUUAAUUUCCACGAUUAAUUUCUUAUCGUC